ACUUGUGCUGUUGUGCUUCGAUAGUUGUGUAUGUGUAGGUAACUAGGGUUAGAAUUUUGUUGGUACAGGAGUUUAAAUUAUAAUUAUUAAUAUUAUUAAUUAUUUGUGAAUGUUCAAUCUAGAAUAAUAUUUUGUGGUCACGUUGUGUUGGUACUUGUUAUAGUGUAGUUUACAAAAAUGAGGAAAAGUUCUUGUAAUUCACUAAAAUUUGACGACACCGUACAUUGUACAUUUUUUUCAAGCAAUGCUUUGAAUGAAAAUGAGUGGAAAGAGCUAAGCAAUUCAAUAAAUAACACUAUAGCCUCACUAUCUACAGAUUAUAUUUGGAAUAGAGACGAAUUCAAAGUAUACCUUCCUGUUUUUAGCAGCUGUACCAAUGAAACUCCAAUGCAUUUACUAAGUAUAACAUGUUUUGGUGAUAAUAUAGAAGAUGAAUGGUUUAUAAUUUAUCUUGUGCUACAGAUAUCUAAAAUGCAUGAGGAUUUACUCAUCCAUGUUGAAGAUAAUGAUGGAUAUUUUUUAUUGAUUGAAGCUGCAAAUCACCUACCAAGCUGGUUAAAUCCUGAAAGUGCUGAGAAUCGGGUAUUUAUUUAUCAAAAUAAUGUUCAUAUUAUUCCACCUGAUGUCAGCGACUUGGAGAAACAAUUAAGCAUAAGUGAUGCCAUACAAUUCAUAUUUCGUAAUCCUGAAACUACUAAAGCUGAUAUAUUAAUACAAGACUCAAUUUGGAAUAGAGUUAAAGAAUACCCUGAAAAAAUUCAUAAUAAUUUGCAUAAAGCUAUUGUAAGAGUACCUGUAGAUUUAGCAGCUAUUCUAACAUUGAAACCCUAUUUAAUAUCACCAAUAGUGAAUGCAUAUUGCAAUCAUGAUAUUUUAGAAGAAAAGCUCUUUCGUAAUGUGCCAUUUAAUGAUUGUGUUCAAGUUCAGAUAAUAUUUACGAAAUAUUUAUAUGCAAUGCUUUUGAAUUCAAAACCAGUUAAGAGUUUCAAAUUAUUUAAAAGCAUUGAUACAAACGAUAAGAAAAAUCAAUUAGGAUUAAAAUUAACAUGUGGGUUUAAAAUAAUUGAGAAUCAGUCAACUAAAGACAUAUUUUCAUCAUCAGAAUAUUUAAAGUUUUUAAGUAGCCUUACUAAGAAUGGGUAUUUCAAAGAUAACAUUGAAGGUUCUAAGGACUAUAUGCAAUUAUUGGAAAAAGCUAAAUCCUAUUUUAGUAACAUAGAGUGUCCAAUAAAUACCCAAGUUUGUCAUGAAAUAAGUGAUUUAAAGUUGCUUGAUGUGUUUGUUGAUACAAAAAAUAAAGUAAUAAGCAACAGUAACUUAGAUAUGAGUGAAGAUGAUGAUGAUUGGUUAGAUGUAAGCCCAGAACAAAUCAAUAACAUCCUUAAUACUAGAUACGGCGAAUCAGAUAAUAUGGAUGAAAGUAAAUUAAAACCAUCAAAUCAGAUUACAUCAACACUAGCUGACUUUCUUAAAACAACUUCUGAUUUUGAGGGAAUUGAAAGACCAGUUGAAGAUUUAGAUGAUGAAAAUGAUAAAAUAGAAUUUGAUACUGAAGAAUUUGCAGAUUGUAUAAAUAGGUUUUUAAAUAUAGUAACAUCAGAUACAAAAGUUGAUAGUGAUUUUAGUGAUGACUUCAGUGAUGAAGAUAUUAGUCAAGAUAUUGAUGACGAAGUUCUUUCAAGAUUAAAAACGAACCUAAAAAGUGAUAAUGAUUCAAUAGUAGAGAAUUUCGUUGAUAGUAUGAAGGAGGAGGGUAUAACUGGGCCAACGAGCAAUGUAUUGAAAACAAUCGGAAUUAAUAAAAUGGAUUUAUUAGACUCUGACGAUGAUGAAUAAAACUUUAUCACUUACAACUAAGUGUCUUGUUUACAAAUCAAAAACCCACAUAAUAUUAAGAACAAAAAUCCAGAACUCCCAAGUACCCUUUCCGAUUUGAUGAAAAAUUUUCUGAAAAAAAAAAACUAUAAGUGUGCAUGCAUUCCUCCAGCAACAACCAAUGUUUCUCCAGUCAUAUAUGCAGCAUCAUCUGAUACUAGAAAAGCUACGGCCCCAGCGAUUUCAUCUGUUUUCCCAAACCUUUUCAAAGGCACAUUAGACAAAGACUUCUCUUUUCCUAUGUCUGAAGAUGUUAUCUGAAAUGCAAAUAUGUUUGUUUUAGCAUGAUUUUGCAAAGGCAACUUUGGUUUUAUCUGCAGUCUACGAGGUCAAGAAGUAGAGACACCGAUAUAUCUAGAGAAAUAAAAAGACUUAGGGAUUUU